AAAAUGUUUCGGAAGAAGUGAUCAGGUUCACCGGACACCGCCGAAGAAUGGGCCAACUCCCACGCUCCAGACUCGGAGACGGCCCCGAGCUGGGCCUCCUGUGGAGAGCUCGGCUUCCAGAAGAUUCCCGUUUGACAAAUCGACAGAUCGGGGGGUCUUCAGCCAUGCCCCGCUUUCACCCGAUCCCGCUGGCCCUCAUCAGGCAGGACCUCCCCGCCGUGGGGUGUGUCCGCUGCUUGCUUUGCUUGCUCCGGAGCCGCGAUAUCAUUCACCGUCGAGCUGGCCUUGUUAACUGUUUGCUUCUUGCUCGUGUUACAUCCUGUGGGCAGGUGACCAAAACUGCAAAAAAGGAUGUAACUUGACAAUAACUACACGAUUUACUGACUUGCAAUACUAGUUAUUUUCCCCAGAACCUGUGUUACUACCAGCCUGACACCAUCCUCAACUUUUGGCAACAACGGCCCAAACCUUUCGAGCUUGAUCAGCCCUACAACAGCGCCCACCAGCACUUACAGAGCUACCUACCUAUUCCCUUCCAGACCUUCCAUUCGAUCCCCAGCAACAACCGCAUAAACCCAAACCCACCAUGUCCAAAUCCCAGCUCCUCCGCGAGGAAGGCAACCGCCACUUCCAAAAAGGCGAAUACUCCCGCGCCGACGCGCUCUACUCCCAAGCCCUCAACCUCGACCCCACCAACCCAACCCUCUACACCAACCGCGCCAUGGCCCGCCUCCGCCUCUCCCAAUGGGACCUCGUAAUCUCAGACUGCGAAUCCUGCCUCGGCCUCUCCCCCGACAACCUCAAAGCGCACUAUUACCUCUCCCAAGCCCACCUCGCCCUCCGCGCUUACUCGGACGCUCUCGAGCACGCGUACAAGGCGCACAAGCUGUGUGUGGCGGCGAAUGAUAAGUCUCUUGGGAACAUCACCGCUCAGGUGCUAAAGUGUAAAAAAGAAAAGUGGGAUUACGAGGAGAAGCGCCGGAGGAGGGAGACGGCUGAUUUGGAAGAGGAGGUUCUGAUGCUGUUAAGGAAGGAGAAGAAGGAGGCUGCUGUUCUCUCUGGGGAGGAGGCGGAGGAGCUGACGAGGGAGUGGGAGGAGAAGCUGAGGCGGGUGAGGGAGGUUUUUGAGAAGGCGAGGGAGAAGGAGGAACGGAGGAGGGGGUGCCGGAUUGGGCGGUGGAUGAUAUUACUUUUGGGUUUAUGGUUGAUCCUGUUAUUACCAAAACAGGCAAGUCGUACGAACGAGCUGCUAUUCUGGAGCACUUGA